ACCAGGUCGCCUGCAGCAGCUGUCCACUGGCAUGCCAGAGGGAGCGUCACAGUUUUGAUACAGGGGUUCAGAAGGGAACCGAGGCGGAUCCGAGCAGUUUGAUCCGAGAAGGUUUACUCUCACCGUCUCCAGCCCGUCCAGGACCUGCAGCCCCACCAUGGCGGAUCAGUACCAGUACAACACCAACGAGGAGAAGAUUGUGAAGGACAGCCACACCAAGGAGAUUGAUCUAAUUAACAGAGAUCCCAAGCAGAUCAAUGAGGACGUGGUGAAGGUGGACUUUGAGGAUGUCAUUGCAGAGCCUGACGGUACACACAGCCUGGAUGGGGUGUGGAAGCUCAGCUACACCACCUUCACCGUGUCCAAGUACUGGUGCUACCGCAUCUUGUCUGCUGUCUUCGGUAUCCCUGUUGCUUUGCUCUGGGGCUUCCUGUUCGCAUGCAUCUCCUUCUGCCACAUCUGGGCUGUGGUUCCCUGCAUCAAGAGCUGUCUGAUCGAGUCGCAGUGCAUCAGCCGCAUCUACUCUCUCUGCAUCCAGACCUUCUGCGAUCCCUUCUUCGAAGCCCUGGGCAAGAUCUUCAGCAGUGUGCGCGUCGCACUGCGCAAAGAAGUUUAAGAACUCACACAGUAGUGUUUGUGGUAUGAUCGGAUGAAGUGCGGUAUCUUUUUAUACACCCUGAAGCUCAGCCUUUGCAUCUUGCUAACUCCCUGAUACUCCUCCUUUUCCUGUCUUCAUAACAUGCUGUUCCACACCCAACCAUCCUCAAGCUCUGUCCUGACGUGCCCGGUGUGCCUUUUGCCACCAGAAGCUCUGUGACAGCUGCAGCAGGCUGCGUGGUUCUGUGACAGCUCUGGCACUCCUGGAGGGCUCAGUGUUCCUCGCUGAGAGAGAGAAAAGGACCGCCUGCCAUGACGAGGAUUUGCCUGCCCUCAUUUAUUUGUAUCACAAAAGCCAAAGACAAUAGCUACUCAUUCACCACAAAUGAAAUGAACACCCCAACACUGCCGCACCUGUGGACAAUGCUGCCUGUAUUACAUUUGGCCAUUCUGUAUGUCGCCGCGUCUGGUAUUGUUUAACUUUACUGAUUGAAUUGGAUUUGACAAUCACAUAUGUAAACUCAUUUGAAACGCUCUAACAACAAGAAAGAUUUGAAAAAUGUUUUCUCUCCAAAAAUAUUUUGUAAGUUGUGAUGACUCCACAGUAACUAACAGAGUUUUUGUUGACUUGCAGAUGUUAAGAUAUAAAUAUGUUUGGAGUCAACGAUGCAGAUAAUCUACUUCCUUUUAUCAAAGAGUGAUGAGUGGAAUAUUAAACCUUUUUAAAUACUGCACAUUUCAGUCAAGAAGUAUGUGUAAACAAGUAUGGACCUAACUACUGAUGGAGUGAAGUAAAAGCCUCUCUAUGAGACCCGUUGUCCACAGUGUUAUUUUAAUUAUGUACAGUAGAUACCUUUGCUGCUAUUGUGCUCCUGCAGCGACGAAAGGCUAAUUAUACAUGGGCUGAAACUAAUCUGAAGACACUUGAUGAAACUUGUCCUUAUAAUAAGUAUAUUGCACCACU